GAUGUAGGGAGAAGUUGUAUUUUGUUGACUAUUGGAGGUAAAAAUAUAAUGUUAGAUUGUGGAAUGCACAUGGGAUACAAUGAUGAGAGACGUUUCCCAGAUUUUACAUAUAUAGCUAGACAUGGUAAAUUAACAGAACAUCUAGACUGUGUUAUAAUAAGCCAUUUCCAUCUAGACCACUGUGGAGCAUUACCGUUUAUGACGGAAAUGGUGGGAUAUGAUGGUCCUAUUUAUAUGACACAUCCUACUAAAGCCAUCUGUCCUAUUCUCUUGGAAGACAUGAGAAAGAUAGCAGUGGACAGAAAAGGUGAAACCAACUUCUUUACCUCUGAGAUGAUCAAAACAUGUAUGAAGAAAGUCAUAGCUGUUAAUUUACAUCAAAAUAUUCAGGUAGAUGAUGAAUUGGAAAUCAAAGCUUACUAUGCUGGACAUGUUUUAGGAGCGGCCAUGUUUGAAGUCAGAGUAGGCCAGCAGUCAGUUGUAUAUACAGGAGACUACAAUAUGACACCUGAUAGACAUCUGGGAGCAGCAUGGAUUGAUAAAUGUCGUCCAGACUUACUGAUAACAGAAUCUACAUACGCUACGACUAUCAGAGAUUCUAAACGAUGUCGGGAGAGAGAUUUCUUAAAGAAAGUUCAUGAUUGUGUUGAAAAGGGAGGGAAGGUUCUGAUUCCAGUAUUUGCUCUAGGGCGUGCACAAGAAUUAUGUAUAUUAUUAGAGACCUAUUGGGAGAGAAUGAACCUUAAAGUUCCUAUUUUUUUUUCUCUCGGACUAACAGAAAAGGCUAAUAACUAUUAUAAACUGUUUAUAACGUGGACAAGUCAGAAGAUUAAGAAGACGUUUGUUGAAAGAAAUAUGUUUGAGUUUAAACACAUCAAGCCAUUUGAUAGAAGUUAUAUCGAGAAUCCUGGUCCAAUGGUAGUGUUCGCGACACCUGGAAUGUUGCAUGCUGGUCUAUCUUUACAAGUCUUCAAAGCAUGGGCACCAUAUGAGCAAAAUAUGGUAAUCAUGCCAGGAUACUGUGUAGCAGGAACAGUAGGACAUAAAAUAUUGAACGGUCAGAGAAAGAUAGAGAUGGAAAAUAAACACAUGUUAGAUGUGAAGCUAUCUGUACAGUAUAUGUCAUUCAGUGCCCACGCCGAUGCCAAGGGAAUUAUGACUCUUAUAAACCAAUGUGAGCCUAAAAAUGUCAUGCUGGUUCACGGAGAAGGCGGGAAGAUGGAAUUCUUAAAAACUAAAAUUGAAAAAGAAUUUGGUAUUAAUUGUUAUAUGCCAGCUAAUGGAGAGACAGCUGAAAUAGAAACAGUACAUGAUAUACCUGUUGAUAUUUCACUUAAUCUCUUAAAACGAGAGUCUUCCCUGGCUUCUUCUAAACCCCCAGAUCCUAAAAAACCUUGUGUAUUACAUGGUGCUUUAGUCAUGAAGUCAAACAAACUUCAACUGAUAGAGCCAGCAACAGCUUUCAGAGAGCUAGGCCUUCAGGAACAUCAUCUCCGGUUUACUUGUACAGUUUCUAUAGAAGAUGAAGGUCCUGUUUCACAAACUGUUGAUACUAUUUAUAAACUUACUAAAAGUAAACUUAGUAACUAUCCAGUCCAAUAUUCUACUGAUGGUAGUAUAACAGUAUCAGAAUCAGUACUGAUUAAAGUUUCUGGAGAUGAAGAGGAUGAUACUAAAGAUAUCCUGGUUUCUUGGUCCUAUCAGGAUGAGGAGUUGGGAAGUUAUUUAUUGAAGAUUCUACGAAGUGAAUUGUUAACUUGA